UUGAUUUGUACAAAGUACAAGUUCUAAUUGUCCCACAUCGCCAAUAUAACAUUUCCUUAGAAUGUUUAUAUAUCCUUACCUCAGUCAUGUUACCUGUCCCUUCGGGGACAUCCGAUAAAAUUGGAACGAUACAGAGAAGAUUAGCAUGGCCCCUGCGCAAGGAUGACACGCACAAAUCGAGAAAUGGUCCAAAUUUUUUUUUUGAAUCCCAACUCCUGAUUCAGUUUCAUCUUAAUUUCAGGUUGGAGCUUCCUCAAAAUCUUCUUCAACUGGCUUUUUUAUCUUAUCAUUAACAAAAACAAUAUCAUUAUCAUCUUUGAUGUUCAACUUUUUCACUAACUCACUAAGCAAUUACCGAGUAUUGCUCUUCAAGCAUAGAAGACAAGUACUGAGUGAGUAAAUGAUUUUGAAAUGUGUUAUGGAGACUACUUUUCAUGUUCUGGUCUGGUUCAUUAUGCUUUCUUUCUUUCUUUAUUUCAGGUCUUAAUGUCACAAUUUGGUCACCUAGGACAGCUUUAUAAUAUAUAUAUAUAUGUACAGAGUACAGUUGGUAAUAAGUUUGUGUAGAUAAUUCAUUCAUCAUAAAAUGCAUGAGAGUGUGACUAACAAUCUUGUUCUUCUUCAGUGAAAUAUUUCACUUAGAAAGAAAUGGUUGUGGAAAUCCUUCACUAUAUGUUAUACUAAUCACUAUCACUUAUUUCCUAAUCAAUAUACUCUUAAUUCAGCCAGCAAAAAAUGAAAGAAAAAAAAAAGUGUUAUAUAUGAGUUAAUAUUUUGUGAUGGAGAAGUUAAAUAAAAAUGAGUUGGUAAAUUGUAUUGGAAAUAUGAAUUGUCUAUUGAGAAGACAAGUAUUGGAAAUAUGAAUUGACAAUUAUUCUUCUUGUAUUGGGAAGUCCUACAGUUGUUUGGGGUAUUCAAAAAGGUGUAUUGUAUUGUUUCUAUGUAAUCAUAAUUAUGGUAUUGGUUGGUUCACUUCAAUGUAUUAUUUGCUUUUAUAAUUUACCUAUAUAUAUAUAUAUAUGGGAGUUCUGUACAAUAAGAAUAGCUCAUAGAAAAAUUCAAGAGAAAUACCAUUUUUUUUAUUUAUUUUGUUUGUGUUGUCUUCCUUCUUCUGGGUUCUUUUUCUGGUUUGAGUUAGAAACCAGAGUAGAAAAGGAAGUAGAAGAAGAGCUUAAUCAGACAGAAAUACAGAAAUUAAGGUCAGCCACUCACUUCACUUCUGAAUUUACCGUCAUUUUCUUAAUUUCCAUUUUUUUGCUGUUUUCUUUUUCAACUGAAUAAAAUCUUUGAAGUUUGGAUUUUUCUGUCAUGAUUUUUUAGUAUAUUUUUUCCUAUGAAUGAACAAUUUCAUCUUUCUAUAAUCUUAUUCCUUUUUUAAAGUUAAUAAUUUUGAUUAUAAGCUUAGUUUGAUCAUUGAUGGCAGAAAUGGGGAGAUUCUGUGAUUUGCCAAGUGAAGUUGUGGAGAAAAUCAUGUUGUUGGUGCCUGCAGAUUCUCUAGUAGAAUGUAAAUCUGUGAACAAGUUUUGGUAUUCUUGUAUUUCCACUUUCAUCAACGAUCCAAAAUUUGUAGCUAAGCACCUCCUCAAUACCAAAAAUGAAUCUUCCAUAUCCUUUCUUUGUUUCAACGACCCUUCCCCCCAUGACGAUCAUCGCAUGAUCACAUACCCAUUGCUCAAUAUAGUCCAUGUUGAUGGUAAUGAUGAAGGUGCUGAUGAUGAUGACACUAUAAUCCAUGAUGAUGAUGAUGAUGAUGACACUAUAAUCCAUGAUAAUGAUCAUGUCACUAUAAUCAACGGCUAUGAUGAUGAUGUUACUGUAAUCCAUGAUGAUGAUGAUGAUGUUGUCACUAUUAUCCUUGAAGAUGAUGAUGAUGAUGGUAAGAAGGAUCAUUUUAGAACAGUCACAGUAGAUCUGAGUAUGCCACUUUUGGAUAUGAAUAGAUGGAAUAAAAUAUAUCACUGUGAUGGACUUCUUUUGCUAGUAAAUGAUGGUAUUGAGGAGACUAUAACUAUGGCGUUGUGUAAUCCUGCCUUGAAAGAAUUCAUGAUUCUCCCACAACCGAAGAAUAGUGUUACGUCUAAAGCUUAUCACCACAUAGGACUUGAACAUGAUUCUAGAAACAACAAAUACAAAUGUGUUUACAUUUGGCUCGGUGAUGAAGAAGAAUGUAAAGUUGAGGUAUACACAGUGGGUUCUGAUUCUUGGAGAGAGAUCAACAUGUCUCAAGACGUAAUGGAUUAUAUAGUGCAUACUCAACUAUGCAAUGCUGUAUGUUUUGGAGGUGUUUGUUACUGGUAUAUUAGCCAACCUGGAAUUGAUAAGAUCCUCAGUUUUGAUAUGAGUAGUGAGGAAUUUCGUAUGAUAGAUUUGCCAGAUUUUGAACAUUUUUAUGCCGCGGAAGAUUUCUUGGUUUCUUAUAGUACGCGCUUGGCAGUGUGGAAUGAUUCUGUUGUGAUGUAUUUGGCCCCUGAUUUCACAUGGGGGAAUAAGUUAAUCUUUUUUGUCUUCACCAUGGAUAAAGGUGUAGCAGGUGGUUGGACCAAAUAUGUGCAGAUUGGACCACUAGAGAAGUAUUACAAUAACUUACUACCAUUUUGGAAGAAUGAUGAGAUUCUGAUGGAAGUCUUUGUAGAUGAUACGCGCGUAUAUUACUUGGCUUCUUGCAACAUUCGUACUGGAAAGUUAAGAAAUGUUUUUGGUGUAGAUAGAAAACUAAAGAUAUAUUAUAAUUCGUUUUGUUUGUAUGAAAAAAGUCUGGUUUCUAUUAGGAAGGAAAUUUAAUUUCCAAACUCUCUGGUUUGGCUCUAGAAGUGUAGAGACUAAAAUGUUAUUUGUUAAGUUUGAUUUUAUGAUUUAAACAUUAUCUAUGUAAUGAAAUGAAGU